AUGGGGUGCGUAUCCUCAAAAGGCGUGCGAGCCAACGAUGGUUACAUGGAGACCAACCAUGUAAGUAUUCCAAAAGACAGAACCUCCAAGAAACAACCAUCUUCAGAGGAAACAAGCGCUAAUGGAAACGACGCUACACUGAGGUUAAUACCCAAUACUAACCAUGUCUUCUCUGAUGACGACGAAGAGGAGGAGGAGGAGGAGAAGAAGAGCUUUGAGAUGAAAUCUCUUGAAUCAGUUUCUCAAAAAGGCACCACUGUCGAGUUACUUGAUAAUGUAGGACCGUUGCAGCCAAGAGUGAGUCGAAUUGCUAGUGUUACCAAUGGAGACAGAACAGCUAAGGUUAUUGCCGGUUGGCCCUCUUGGUUGGUUUCCGUUGCUGGUGAAGCUCUCAGUGGAUGGCUUCCUCGUUGUGCAGAUUCCUUCGAGAAGUUAGAGAUGAUUGGGCAAGGGACGUAUAGCAAUGUGUACAGAGCCCGUGAUCUCGAAACGAACCAGAUCGUUGCGCUGAAGAAGGUUCGGUUUGCUAAUAUGGAUCCAGAGAGUGUGAGGUUCAUGGCCAGAGAGAUAAUCAUCCUCCGUAGGCUUAACCAUCCAAACGUUAUGAAACUCCAAGGGCUUAUCAUUUCAAAGGCUUCCGCAAGUAUGUAUCUUGUAUUUGAAUACAUGGACCAUGAUCUUACAGGCCUUGCUUCAACCCCUGGGAUUAACUUCUCUCAGGCACAGAUCAAAUGUUACAUGAAGCAGUUGAUGCUUGGAUUAGAACAUUGCCAUAGCUGUGGUGUGUUGCACCGUGACAUCAAGGGAUCGAAUCUUCUGCUAGAUCGUAACAAUAAUCUCAAGAUUGCUGAUUUUGGUCUUUCUACUUUUUACCAACGGAAACAGCCUCUGACUAGCCGUGUUGUGACCUUGUGGUACCGCCCGCCUGAGCUUCUGCUCGGUUCCACAGACUAUGGAGUCACGGCUGAUCUGUGGAGCACAGGAUGUAUUCUCGCUGAGCUCUUUACUGGGAAGCCUCUUCUUCCCGGAAGAACCGAGGUAGAACAAAUGCACAAGAUCUUUAAGCUCUGUGGAUCACCUUCUGAGGAGUAUUGGAGAAGAUCAAGAUUGCGGCAUGCAACCAUCUUUAAACCUCAACAUCAGUACAAGCGAUGUUUAGCUGAGACAUAUAAGGAUCUUAUCCCUUCUUCAGCUUUGGCUCUCCUUGAUGUUCUUCUAGCUGUAGAGCCGGAAGCACGUGGAACCACAUCCUCUGCCCUUCAAAGCGAGUUCUUUACUACAAAACCUUUUCCAAGCGAGCCAUCAAGCUUACCGAGAUAUCAGCCAAGGAAAGAAUUUGAUAUCAAGCUUCGAGAAGAGGAAGCAAGACGAAGGAAAGGUGCCAGCAGUAAACAGAAUGAACAAAAACGGUUUUCAAGAGAAUCAAGAGCUGUACCUGCUCCUGGUGCCAAUGCAGAGCUACUGGCAUCAAUACAGAAACGUCUAGGGGAGACUAACCAGACAAGCGUGAGUGAGACGUUUAAUCCUGAGGGAGAUUCUGGCUCUGGCUUCAGGAUUGAGCCACACAAUCCCUACACAAAUGGUGACAAUCAUUCUAACGGAUCAAGCCAUCUGAGAACACAAAGGUCCUAUGUCCAACGUGGAGGAGCCCAAUUGUCAAGAUUCUCAAACUCGGUUGCACCUAACAGAGAUGGUUCUUCACAGUUUGGAAGUAUGAGAGACGCCUUAGUGAAUCAACGCUGGCUUGAAGAUGGUUCUGGGAAUUGCAAUUUGUCCCAAAGAUUGCUUGAGAACCCCAAUGGUUUGAGGAAAGAUGACCCUUCGUCCUCUAGCAAAGGCCCAUUAAUGGGUUAUGAUGGAGAGAAGAGAGAGAGGAUUCAUUACUCAGGACCGUUGAUCUCAGGAGAAGGAAACUUGGAUGAAAUGUUGAAAGACCAUGAAAGGCAGAUCUUGUUGGCUGUACGUCGAGCUCAAGCUGAUAAGGCUAAGAGGGACGUUAGCAGACAGGCCCGGGGCUCGCUUCUGGCUGAUGGAAGUUGAUUCUGGGAGAUUUCUUAGAGAAUUUUAAAAAAAAAAAAAAAAAAAAGCAAACUUUUGGGAACAGUCUGAUGAGGGUUCUUCACCAUACUUGAUCAGCUUUUUUUUUUUGGUUAGGACUUAGGAUCUUGUCUUGUACAGUCUAUUUGCUAACAUUUAUCUGAUUGAUUCUUUUAAUUAAUCUAAUAAAAUCCCGAUU